AAAACAUGGCUUACGUAAUCCAUGUCUUUGGUAAGAACAUGGGCCUUCACACACACAUGGGAAAUGACAUCUUUUCUCCCCUCCCGAUCUCUGCCCUAGGUUCCAGGUAUGUAGUAUCCACCUGUCUGGGAUACCAGACACAGGUGGUGUUAGUGAUAGCUAACCACAACCACAAGACAGACGUGGACAUCACGCUGAUGCUGGAGGGGAACGUCACCUAUGACAACAUGACCUACAACGACGGAGACACGAUUCACGUGACUCUAGAUGAGUAUCAGACCUUCACGAUGAAGAGUGACUAUCACCUGACUGGAACUGUAAUCAACACAACAAACACUGUAGCUGUGUUCAGUGGGGCAAUGCAAGGAAGGUCAGUCAUGGCCGUGACGCAACUAUUACCUGUACGACAUCAUGGGACGGAGUAUGUUAUGUAUAUAGGUGACUACUCCUAUAUUAGGAACUGGAAAUACCAGCUGCAAGUUAUUAGUGACCAGAGCGACACUGAACUUAUGUUGAACAAUGGAUCUACAUUCUCUCUGGGUGACAACCGUGUAUAUCGCCAAUACCUCGCCCGGAAUGAGAGUCUAUAUCUUACCGCCACAAGGCCUGUCAUGGCAACCCUGUGUAGAAACAGCACAUAUCCAUCUCAGCAUGGGUUUGUUGUUGUAGUUCCAGUUAGGUAUUUCGUGAACAGUGCUUUCAUUCCUUUUACAUACUGUAUAAACAUCCUGACUAAACAACACGUAACGGAUAUUGAAGUAUUCCGUUCUGAUACAUUUAACUGGGUGGACAUCCCCGGCAGUGAUUACAAAGCGGGAGCACAAUGUUCAUUCAGCAGAUACAUCGUCCGCUCUGCCAGUAGAUUCGCUGUAUAUGGGUUUUCCCACAACAUUGUAAAUGGAGGCUACCGUUUCCCUUCUGAUCCACCAACUACAGGUGCUGAUGCAGGUUCAGCAACUCCGACGACACAAACCCCGGCCUCAACUGCCGCAGGUGAAACGACACUACCCACACCCGUAUCUAACAACACCCGGACCGGCGGACAAGAAUACCCCGAGGAUGUGAGCUACCUCCUGGUAUACAUUCGUUAUUACUGGACGUGUAGUUAUGCAGUUACAGUGGCAGCUGGGGAAACAGGGGGAUCUUUUCUGGUUGAUUAUCCACAGCUGGGAUAUAACGUCACAAGGACUGUAACACCAUACGGGUACACUUCGGUUGUCAUAGAUCCAUUAUUGUUGCUGACGGUGGGUGUGGAAAACAAGGCUUUCACAAUCCACGUCUUUGUUGAGGACAUGGGCGUUCACGGACUCUGUGGAUAUGGCAUCUUUUCACCCCUCCCGAUCUCUGCCCUAGGUUUCAGGUAUGUAGUAUCCACCUGUCUGGGAGACAUUGGCCACGUGGUGUUAGUGAUAGCUAACCACAACCACAAGAUAGACGUGGACAUCACGCUGAUGCUGGAGGGGAACGUCACCUAUGACAACAUGACCUACAACGACGGAGACACGAUUCAUGUGACUCUAGAUGAGUAUCAGACCUUCACGAUGAAGAGUGACUAUGACCUGACUGGAACUGUAAUCAACUCAACAAACACUGUAGCUGUGUUCAGUGGGGAAAUGGAAGAAAAUCUUGUCACGGCCGUGACGCAACUAUUACCUGUACGACAUCAUGGGACGGAGUAUGUUAUGUUUACAGGUGACGACCCCUAUUAUAGGAACGCGACAUACCAGCUCCAAGUUAUUAGUGACCAGAGCGACACUGAAAUUAUGUUGAACAAUGGAUCUACAUUCUCUCUGGGUGACAGCCGUGUAUAUCGCCAAUACCUCGCCUAUAAUGAGGGUCUAUAUCUUAAUGCCACAAGGCCUGUCAUGGCAACCCUGUGUAGAAACGACCCACAUGUAUAUUAUACUGGGUUUGUUGUUGUAGUUCCAGUUACGUAUUUCGUGAACAGUGCAUCGAUUCCUUAUACAACCUGUAUAAACAUCCUGACUAAACAACACGUAACGGAUAUUGAAAUAUUUACUGGUGAUAUGGCCCCUGUUACACUGGACUGGGUGGACAUCCCCGGCAGUGAUUACAAAGCGGGAAGAAAAUGUUCAUUCGGCAGUUACUUCGUCCGCUCUGCCAGCAGAUUUGCUGUAUAUGGGUUUUCCCUCGACCUUGUUAAUGGAGGCUACCGUUUCCCUUCUGAUCCACCAACUACAGGUGCUGAUGCAGGAUCAACAACUCCCAUGACACAAUCCCCGGACUCAACACCUGCAGGUGUAUCAACACUACCCACACCUGUAUCCAGCAACUCAGGGACAGGUGGACAAGAGUAUACUGAAGGUGUGGGCUACCUCCUGGUAUACAUUCAGUAUAUCGCGGCGGCUCGUUAUGCACUUGAAGUGGCAGCUGGGGAAACAGGGGGAUCCUUUCUGGUUGAUUAUCCACAGCUGGGAUAUACCGUCACAGGGACUGUAACACCAUACGGGUACACUUAUGCUUACAUAGAUUCAUUAUGGCGCAUGACGGUGGGUGUGGAAAACAAGGCUUUCAUACUCCACGUCUUUGGUAAGGACAUGGUCGUUCACGGACACUACGGAUAUAGCAUCUUUUCUCCCCUCCCGAUCUCUGCCCUAGGUUUCAGGUAUGUAGUAUCUACCUGUCUGGAAUAUAAGAUGCACGUGGUGUUAGUGAUAGCUAACCACAACCACAAGAUAGACGUGGACAUCACGCUGAUGCUGGAGGGGAACGUCACCUAUGACAACAUGACCUACAACGACGGAGACACGAUUCAUGUGACUCUAGAUGAGUAUCAGACCUUCACGAUGAAGAGUGACUAUGACCUGACUGGAACUGUCAUCAACGCAACAAACACUGUAGCUGUGUUCAGUGGGGCAAUGCAAGGCGAUUACUUCACGGCCGUGACGCAACUAUUACCUGUACGACAUCAUGGGACGGAGUAUGUUAUGUUUACAGGUGACCACCCCUAUUAUUGGAACGCGACAUACCAGCUCCAAGUUAUUAGUGACCAGAGCGACACUGAAAUUAAGUUGAACAAUGGAUCUACAUUCUCUCUGGGUGACAACCGUGUAUAUCGACAAUACCUCGCCCAGAAUGAGAGUCUAUAUCUUACUGCCACAAGGCCUGUCAUGGCAACCCUGUGUAGAAACGUCCCAGAUGUAUAUUAUACUGGGUUUGUUGUUGUAGUUCCAGUUACGUAUUUCGUGAACACUGCAUUGAUUCCUUAUUCAUGGUGUAUAAACAUCCUGACUAAACAACACGUAUCAGAUAUUGAAGUAUUUACUGGUGAUAUGGUCCCUGUUACACUGGACUGGGUGGACAUCCCCGGCAGUGAUUACAAAGCGGGAAGAAAUUCUUCAUACAGCAGAUACUUCGUCCGCUCUGCCAGCAGAUUCGCUGUAUAUGGGAUUUCCAUCGACAUUGUUAAUGGAGGCUACCGUUUCCCUUCUGAUCCACCAACUACAGGUGCUGAUGCAGGUUGAACAAGGACAAUGCAAGCUUCUCCAGAUGACUGCAAGAUGGUUGUAUCGUAUUGUAUGGUUCAGAGAAACAGAAGAAUGAAUGGGUUGUAAAAUAACUCUUGCCAUAGGACAUUGCACAUGCUCAACAUUGCCUCAGGUGUAUACAAAAUGGACAGCGUAUCAGAAAGUGUCCAGAAGACGGGAUUUACAGAUUGACAGGGUCCGGACUGACGGGUGUCCGGAUUGAUGGGUGUCAGGUCUGUCGGGUACAUGUCUGAAGUGACAUGGAAGUAAAUUGUUUGUUCAGACAUUAUGGGCCUUGUUCAGCAGUUACUUCACAUGCACUGUAGAACGACGAGGAUUAAAAGUUUUUAGACAUAAAUUCAGUUAUCUGUUCAUCAAAGUCCCCUUCUCUUAAAUUAAUUGCUACAAAGUCUCCUUCUCUUAAAUUAAUUGCUACAUGUUUAACAUUGCGUAGAUGUUUUAGAUUCCCCAAGACACAUGAUGUUGAAAAUCGAAAUUUGUGAAAUGGCCUAACCUCUGAACCCUGUGAUGUACAUGUGGUGUGGACUUGACGAUGUGAAACCGUAUCUCAAGGAAUGUGAUUGUUUCCCCUUUCUUGCUAAUUAUUUGUUUUUUUUAUGAAAGCCUACAAUAAUUAUGCAUUUCUAUGUUAUGUUUGUUUAUUUGUUUGCUUGUUUGUUGUUUAUCGCUACACGCGAGUCUGGA